AUGAGCAAUGAGGAAAAGAAUCAAGAGAAUGAAUAAUCAUAAAAAAGAUAAAGACGACCUAGAUAACAUACAAAUUAAGAAGAAUCUGAUUAAUUUUGGAAAAACAAUUAAUAUUUUGCUCAAGGUUAAAUUGAUGAUGAUGAUGAUGAUGAGUCAGAGGAAUAUUAUCCAUAAUAAUCAUCAUCUGCAUCUGAAGAAGUCUCUUAAGAAAAUGAUGCAUGUGACUUUAUAGAUUCAUUGGAAUAAUGGGAAGAUUGUUCUGAAUCUAAAGUAUAGUAAUAAUAGUACUAAGAAUCACCAUCUAAAAACUUUCUAAAACUAAUGAGAAAAAAUUUAGAGCAAUUCUCUACAAUGAGAGGAGUGCACACAUAAGUUGAUAUUGCAACAUUGCCUAGAUUAGGAGAAACAUCUUAUGUCUAUUUUAAUGAAGAGUAGAAAUUUAAAAAUGAAUUUCAAGAUGUUUUAAAUAGAUUCUAUAAAUCUAUUCCUUGUGAUAAGUAACGCAGAGGUGGAGAUGAUCAAAGCAAAUGUAAAACAGAAUUUCAUGGAGAUUUAUUUGAUUUCGAAGAUAAGAGGUAUUUCAUAGAUAUUGAAAUUCUGCAAUUGCAAAGAAUCCUAAAAUUAUACAAAACAUAAAAAUUUGAUUCCUACCUUGCUUAUCGUAAAUUGACAAGAGACUAAAAUUUGGAUUUUGAAUAAUCCUUAUAUAAAUAACUAGAUAUAUUAAGAUAAAAGAAAAAAUAACUUGAGGCUCAAAUGGAAGAAGAAAAAAGAUGCUACAAAUUAUCAAUAGAUUAAUAAUACAUUUUAAAAUUGAAGGAAUAUGCUAACUGCUUUACUCCUAGAUAUAUUUAAAGUUAAAGUAAUACGAAGUAUGAUCAAAUGUAAUUAAGUGAGAAGUAAACCUUCUAAAUAUAUCCAUAUGAAUAAUAGCCUCAAUGGUUAGUUCAAUAUUAAGAAACCUUCCAUAUUUUUAAAUAGAAAAUCUCAUUGCUUUAGGCUCCUCUCUAUUUUUAUAGUUUUCAGGAUGCAAACGCUUUAAAGAUAUCUUCUCAUCUUAUUUUGAAAUCUUUAAAAUAAUUGGAAGAAGUAUCCAAAAAUAAAUAAAUUGCAAAGAUAUUUAUUGAUCUCAUGAACUCACUCUUCAAUAUAGACAUUCCUGAAGCAGAUCUACUUUUCAAUAGUGAACUUUUAAAUGAGGAAAUAAUAUCCAUUUUAACAUCUUAGGAGAAGUAAACCCUAUUGGAUUAAUCUGAAUAGUAUAAGCCAUUCCCAACACCUGAUGAUCCAGGAGCAGAAACACAAACUAAAUUGAAGUUUUAUCCGAAUUUCAAAACUGAAGAUUACAGCCUUUAUGUGAGACCUGUGUUUGAAUUUUCAAUGAGAUUUCUGUAUGAAAUCUAUCUAAGAAUUUAAAAGAUUACAUAAAUGCAAACUAAGAUAGCAUACAAAAAUAAAGAGUAUAGUAUUGGAAAUUUAAUAAUCGAAUGUUGCUAUAAGUAUUUAGAAGACGAGAUAUCAUAUGCAGCAUGGCUUACCAUUUGCAAAUCAAUUCUUAAUGAGAAGGAUUCCAUUGAAUUAUCAAUUCUAAUUUAACUGGUCUAAAUGUUCCGUAGAUUGUUUUAUCAAUAUGAUGAAUGGACGGUUGAGCUAUUAAUAAAUUGGAUAUCUAAAGUAUUAGGUGAAGAUAGUAAAAUUCUGAAAGGUGAUGUUUAAUUGUCAAAUUUGAGUAUUCAAGACAUAAUUUUAAAAUUGAAAAAUCAUGUAGAGUUAUCAAAUGCAAAGAUGGCUAGAAUACAGACAGUAGAUGGGUUGAUGAUCAUUCAUGUCUUUGAAUUUUCAUAAUUAUAUUGA